AUGUCCCAGAAGCCGAGUAUCGUUUCGAAGGAGGAGCUGGAGGGUCGCGAUGCGAAGUGGGUCAGCUUGAAGAAGUUGAACUGGAAGGACCAUACCGGUCGGGAGAGGGUCUGGGAGGUCGCUGAGAGGCGAACGAGAGGAUCUUCAGGACUAGAUGCCGUCGCCAUUCUUGCCGUUAUCCGCUCCAAAAUCAACGCAUUCCCUGCCUCAACAGUCAUAAUCGAACAAUACCGCCCCCCAAUGGACGCCUUCAUUAUCGAACUCCCUGCGGGCCUCGUCGACGCCUCCGAAUCGCCCGAACAAGCCGCCCUGCGCGAGCUCGAAGAAGAGACCGGCUACAAGAGCACCACCGUCCUCGAGUCCUCCUCCAUCCUCGCCAGCGAUCCCGGCAUGACGACCGCCAAUAUGAAACUGGUCACUGUGGACGUGCUGUUGGAGGAUGGGUUGGAGUAUCCGGAGCAGAAGCUGGAUGAGGGGGAGGCGAUUGUGAAGAGGGUUGUCGAGUUGAAGGGGUUGUAUAAGGAGUUAAAAGAAUACGAGAAGAAGGGCUUCAUGAUCGACGCGCGACUCAACCACUUCGCAACAGGCCUCGAGAUGGCAGAACGUCUCAAGGGUUCCUUAUGA